AUGUCUGGGGCGGAGGUGAUCGCCGUUGUCGCCUGUGUGGCCGCAGUCGUCUCCGCCUACCACGAUGGAGGUCAACUUUUCCGUUCGAUCAAGGAGAAAUGGCAUAAUCGCCGUCAGCCUAACCAUACCUCCGCUAUCGACCUCGAGUGGUCGCUGAUUCGUGGCUCGGAAGAUAUUCUCACGCACUGGAAUAUUCGCGCCGCUCACCUCGGUCGACGAUAUGAGGAGGGCGACGCUAUCGCUCGUGAGCAGAUGAAGGAUAUCGUCAUUACCUUGCAAAGCGCGCUGUUGACUCAUCUGCGAUAUGCAGAGGGCCAUGAAGCGCGAUUGGAUAUGGUCAAGCUGCUUGCGGCAUCGGAUCGGGGGAGGGCGAGUACAAUAUCUGUGCUGCAUGAUCUAUAUCAGAGACAGGCUCAGACGGCGGCAGUCCCUUGGCCUAUUGCUCUUCCUGUUGGGCCGUCGGUUGUGGAUCCGGCAUCCAGUCUUGGGUAUUAUAUGGGCUUAAUCGAUAGGCAGUCUUCGUCGCCUUUAUCGGACUCGAGGAAACGGCCUGGAGGGGGACGCGCUUUGGAGGGUACGAGUCUCCCUGGCAUGAUCACAGGCUCGCCACCCGAGUCGCAUGGUUUUGCGCGUCAGACUGAACCCAUUAGUCCCCUGUCCCGUGAUAGACGGUCAUCGACCUUCGGAUCCAUCGGUUCCUGGUGGAAGGACAUCCGACGUCGGUCUUCUGCUGAUGCCACAUCUGUGGCGGAGGUGGAAUCAAUAACGCGCCCUGCCUCUCAGGCUCCGGUUUUCCCUCAGAUAGCUUCUUAUGAACCAGAGAUCAGAGAAGAUGAGGCCGAUGCGAUUAAACAGCCUCCCAAGGCCAAGAGACUAAAUAAACCAAUCGAACAAGACGAAAUCACUCGGGAGUUGACCACAAACAUGUGGAACCACGACACGAAGUCCGAAACCGACUCAGAAACCGAAUUCGAGUCCGCUGAAGAAGGCGAUAUGCCAUCUUUUCAAAGAUCACUUCCAACCAGAGACCAUUCCAUCGCACCAGUCCCAGCUUCAAUCCGAGGUCUCGGACCAGCAGCCAGCAUAGCCUCUCCUACAAUCCGAUUCUCCACCCAAGACCGGGCCUCGGCCCCAUCCAUUGCGUCCUCAGACACCACCUCCUCAAAUCCAUCCACGUAUCUUCCUCGCGCCCCAAAUGGAAUCUCCUACUGGCCCCCCAGUAAAGACAACAAAUAUUCCGGCUUCUGCAAAGGCGCCUGGAAACUCUCCUCCGGCAUGGGCGGACUCAAAGUCCACUCCGAACCUGUCGGCUACUUCACCUCAAGUCCCAAAUUACGUUGCUACAAAUGUUUCUUCGCAAUGCCCCUCGCAAAAGAUAGCAGUCGUCAUGACCAUCGCCCAGAUACAAAUGUUUAUGUGCAUAAGGCAACGGGGAUACGGUAUCGAUGGUUCUUUCUCGCCAAGAGUCAUGUUGAAUGUAAGCGGGCGGAUGUGGAGAUGCCCAAUUAUGCGCUGGGGACCUUUGGAUGUAUCUUCUGUUGCGCGCAGCGGAAUGAAAUGGCACCUAGGUUUGAGACUUUAGAUGCGUUUAUGGUGCAUUUGGCGGUGCAUCGGUGCAUGAAUGCUGCGGCGCUUUUGGAAAGAACCCGAUGUGUUGUGGGUAGGGUUGCGGGAGACGAUGAAGAAUUUGAUAUUAAUAUUCCAUUUGUCCAUACUGAUGAUUGA